AAGCAUUACUUAAAAGCCCUCCGUUUCCUGCUCUUCCUCUCUCUCUCUUUCUCCCUUUCUUCCUUCUCCUGUUCUUCCCUCUACCCUACUCACAGUCACCUCUCUUCCUUCCUCUCUCUGUUCUUAUCCACUACUCAACUAUGGCAAAAAAACCAGUUUUUCACAAGAAGAGGAAUGAAAAGACAAAAGAGAAUGUGGUCGUUGAUCAACGCUGUCACAUUUGUGGAGAGUAUAUCAUUCCACUCACUGAAAUGUGAAAAAGAAAAAAAGGCUCUGAUUGGAGAGGAAAAAGAGAGAAUGAAGAAGCAACAUGAAGAGGAAGAAAUGAAGUGCGAGGUAGAAAAUAAGAAGAAUGCCAAAUCGAAGAAGACAGAGACAGACAAAGGCAAGGAAGAAAGUAAUGCUGCUGGAGCUGCCGCCGGAGCCGGACCACAUACUGCUGCUGGAGUGGACUGCUACCAGGCUACACUGCUGCUAUCGAACUCAAAGCCAUCUGCUGAUCCAAUCUGCUGGAGUUGUUGCCGAACUGGACUGCUGAACUCUGUCUCUGUGCUGCCACCUACUGUGCUACCGGACUAUUUCACCAGCUGAUCCAAAGGGUUAGAAGUUUAAAUAAUUUGUUUAUGGUUGAAUUAACAUAAAGAAGGUUUGGAUUUUCUAGAGUUUACUUGAUUCUCUGAUUUCUCAUAGCCAUUUCUAUUAUAGUGAAUGUUUACGAAACUAAAUGAUUGAAACACACAAUAAAAAUUUAAUUUUUUU